AUGGAAAGUAUUUGGUUGGAAAGUGCUUUAGGAGCCAUAAAAGUUUUGGCUUUCGUUUACGACAUAAUAACGUAUCCCGUUUACUUGCUCGUCAAUCGGCCGUGGGACAAAAAAAGCCUUUCGAAUAAAGUAAGAGCGAAACCGAUUUCAGUUGAAGAAAAAUCAAUCACAUACAGGAAUGUGAACGGCCCACAAAAAAUGCAUCAACUUCUCAUAAGAGAAGGAGUUGAUACGAUGGAAAAAAUGUUUCGAUUCGUUUCCGUGCGUUAUAAUAAAAAAAAUUGUUUAGGUACUAGGAAAAUUUUAGCAGAAGAAGAUGAGGUUCAACCCAACGGAAGAAUAUUUAAAAAGUACGUAAUGGGAAAUUACGUUUGGCAAAGUUUCCAAGAAGUAGAUAAAAUGUCAAAAUUAUUCGGAAGGGGCCUUUAUUCCCUCGGACAAUUACCCCGACAACCCGUCGUCGUGUUUGCCGAAACGAGAGCAGAAUGGAUGAUAGCCGCUCAUGGUUGUUUCAAGCAAAACAUACCCGUCGUAACGAUAUAUGCGACACUGGGAGAGGAUGCCAUAGCGCACGGGAUAAACGAAACGGAAGUUUCCGUCGUCAUAACGUCGCACGACCUCUUGCACAAAUUCCAUACGAUUUUAGAGAAAACUCCAAAGGUUAAAACGAUCAUAUUCAUGGAAGAUCAACUCGUGAAAACGGACACGACCGGUUUCGACAACAUUGAAAUUUUAUCAUUUUCCGAAGUCGUGAACAAAGGACGAUUCGAAGAAAAUGAGGUAGAGGCACCGCUGCCGAAAGACACGGCCAUAAUUAUGUACACGAGCGGUUCGACGGGAGCGCCCAAGGGAGUACUUUUAUCACACGAAAACAUGUUGAGCACGCUCAAGGCUUUUUCGGAUGCGGUUGAAAUUUUUCCAGACGAUGUUUUCAUGGGUUACUUGCCUUUGGCACACGUUUUCGAAUUACUCGCCGAAUCCGUGUGUUUGCUAUGCGGCGUUCCCAUAGGUUAUUCCACGCCUUUGACGAUGAUAGACACUUCUAGUAAAAUUAAACGUGGCACGAAAGGAGAUGCUUCCGUUCUUCAUCCGACGUGCUUGACUUCCGUACCGUUAAUUUUAGAUCGAAUUUUCAAAGGGAUCAAUGAGAAAGUUUGCAAAGGUGGAGUUUUCCGUAAAAAAUUAUUCAACUUUGCUUACAACUAUAAGAAAAAAUGGAUGAACCGAGGAUUCGACACUCCGUUGAUUAACAGGAUAAUAUUUGGUCAAACGAGACAUUUGAUGGGAGGAAAAGUUAGACUCAUUUUAUCGGGGGGAGCUCCAUUGGCUCCGGACACUCACGAAUUUAUAAAAACAUGUUUGUGCGUUCAAGUGUUGCAAGGUUACGGUCUUACAGAGUCUUGUUCUUCGGCGACGGUCAUGGAUGUUCACGAUAGAACAACCGGAAGAGUCGGAGCUCCAGCUAUAGGCUGUGAUAUUAGGCUAGUUGAUUGGGAGGAAGGGAAUUAUCGGGUCAAAGACAAACCUUAUCCGCGAGGAGAAAUAUUAAUAGGGGGCACGAACGUUUCCUCGGGUUAUUACAAGCUUCCGGAAAAAACGAAGGAGGAUUUCUUCGAGGAAAACGGAAGGCAAUGGUUUAAAACGGGAGACAUUGGCGAAGUUCACCCCGACGGAAGCUUUAAAAUAAUUGAUAGGAAAAAAGAUUUGGUUAAACUUCAAGCGGGCGAAUAUGUUUCAUUGGGUAAAGUGGAAGCAGAAUUGAAAACUUGCCCCCUGGUGGAAAAUAUUUGCAUUUACGGUGAUUCGAGUAAACAUUUCACCGUGGCUUUGGUCGUACCGAAUCCGUCACAAUUGAGACAACUCGCUGGUAAUCCGAACGCGACGUUCGAAGAAUUAUGUCAAGAUGUGAAAAUGGAAAAGGCCGUUUUAAACGAAUUGGAAAAGCAUGCGAAAAAAUGCAAAUUGGAAAAGUUUGAAGUUCCUGCGGCUGUUAAAUUAUGUGCAGAAGUUUGGUCUCCGGACAUGGGACUCGUGACGGCGGCAUUUAAAUUAAAGCGUAAAGACAUACAAGAACGGUAUCAACACGAAAUCAAUAGAAUGUACGCGUCGUGA